ACAAAUUGGGUCCAACAGCAUGACCUCAUCCCAGACCACACAAUGUCUAUACAAAAUGUAUGGCAUUUGUACGCGAAAUGUAAGAGUUUCUCAAAGUAGUCAAUACUAUUGCUGCCACUUAUGGGAACUCAAUGACUGCUAUCAACGCAACUUCAGGUCUUACUGUACGACUGCCGAGCAACAGGCCAUCCAAUACGACUGGAAUUACAUUCAAUUGUCGUUCAGUGGGAACACCUACACCCAGUCCACGUGCACCUCCCAGGGCUACUACCGGUCCAUGAGUAGGUCCCUCUGUAUGAAUGAUAACCAGUACCCUAAUUACCAGAAUCCUAAUAAUUAUCCAUAUAACCCGAUCCCUGGUAAUCCUAAUUAUAAUCCCAAUUAUAAUAACCCGAACAUUAAUAACCCU